UCCGCAUUCUACAAAGAGCUGUCAGCAAAAGCGCAACGUGCAAAAGGACUGUCGCGUCGGAGAAGGAACGUUCCUCUGGGGAAUAGCGGUGACUCCACACAGGAAGAAGACAUGCCUUACAUGCUCGUCAGCACGCAGAUCAGACUGGAGAACGGGCCAACCAAUGUAGGAGAUGAGCAUUCAGAUCCAGCUGUCAUGAAUUACUUGGGAGCACGAAAAACAACCAUGCUGGGAAACAACUUUUCAGAGUACCAUGUGGACGAGCCUCCUCGCCUGGUGUUGGACAAGCUGGAGAAAAUUGGCUACCGUGUGCGGACAAUGACGGGGGUGGGGCAGACGCUAGUGUGGUGUCUUCACAAGGAGAUAUGAUGUGCUUUCCUGUCCAUGUGUAAUUGAAUACAAAAAUGCUACAAACAGGUGUGUUGAUAAGUUUGUGUCUGCAACAAUGUUUACAAAUGAUUUUUUGCUAAUUAUAUUAAUCAGAAUCAGAAUCAGAAUAGUUUUUGUUGCCAUUGUUUGAGAACGGGUUCACAAACUAGGAAUUUUUUCGUGGUGCAAUCGUGCAACAUAAAACACAUAUAACACAGAUUUGGUAAUAAAAAGAGCUGUAACUGA